AUGUCGUCUCUCAAAAGCGAUGACUUCUUCAUCUCCGGACUCGCCGCGUCGCACGACACCUCCCAGCUGAAGGGCAACAUCGUCGCUGUUGAUGCAACCUACUACCUACGCCUCCUUCUCGAACGCUCACAUGAACCUCUGAUUCCGGCUGUGGGAGGCCCGUUGGCCCUCGAGGAUUGCAUCGAGGUCGACCUGGACAAGUGGAAGGCCAACGAAUGUGAUCCCUUGUUCAUCUUUGACGGAUGUCCUGUGAAGGGUCAGGAUGAGCUCUCGCUCGACCUCGGCCGGACCGCGAACAAUGGCACCAAUGCCGCGUGGGAGCUCUACAAUAAUGCUCAGGCUCAGCCUGCUGUGGAGACCUUUGGGCUGCAUUCUGGAGCGUAUCGUCUGGAGUCGUUCUAUCCGACUCUCCAGGGCAUAUUGCGGAGGCGCGGUCUCCAUUUCCUGGUACCGCCUUUCAAGGCUGUUGCGCAGAUUGCCUAUUUCUCCAAGGUAGAGCAAAUGUGUGGUGCAAUCAUGGGUCCCCGAGAGUUGCUCCUCUAUCCCAUUUCCGACGUCCUUAUUCAAGCAAUCGACUGGGACAGCAACAAGUUUUUGGCCGUGGACAAAGACACCCUGAAGCGCCACCUUAACAUUGACGAUUCAAUCCUUGUCGACGCCCUUCUCAUAACGGGGACUUCAUUUCUGCCACCUUUCCCAGCCAAGACUCAACAGCAAGCUCCAAACACCGUCAGAGACGCAGUGAACAUGCUAAGAACCAAUGGCAAGCACGUGAAGCAGGUGUGCCAAGCUUUUGAUGACAUACUCAAGAGCCAACAGCCUGACUGGUUCGACAAAUACUGCAAGGCGCGAAUGAUCGUUGACCACUUCAUUUACAUAGGGUUGAAUGGGGCUGUGGAAGUCGAGGCCAAGGACACCUUGACAGAGGACUCCCAUGAAUACCUGGCCCUGCGUCUGCCUGAAGAGCUUCACCACUACCUCAGCACUGGCCUCGUCGGGCCUCGCUUACUCAGCUAUAUCACGCAUAGCAAAAUCACCAUUAUGCCAACCCUAGACGGUGUCGCGUCUAGCGAGUACCGACAGCUCGUCACUCAGACUUUGGUACCGCUGAGAGAGCAGGCACUCGGGCUUGUGGUACCAAGACUCAAUCGCGGAUUCCACUUCAAAGACAUCGAAGUCAAGGAUUGGUUUUCCGACCAGUCACGAUCGACCAUAAUACGGAACGCCAACUUUCGCACCCCGAACCCAAAGGUCGAUACUUGGAAUAUCGAAGAGAGUGCAAUCAAGGCGGAUUUCACGGCGUGGAGUCUCUCAGCUACGGCCUCAAAGGACCGAGCGGGACUUAUCAACUUCGAAAUCUCUGCCCUGAAGGAGCCUGGGUUUGCUAAGAAGACGAUCGGAAAGCCAGGUAGCAAGCCUAAGGGAAUAAACUCCCCACAACACAUCAUAUCCACGGUCAUAUGGCGAUUCUUGCACCUGCGGGAGUACGUCGACGAUUCGCACGAGCUCACAUCUUGGGGCAAGGCUUUGGCCACGGCUCUUUCCGAGCUUGAAACGACGGUCAAGAAAUACCCGAAGGUCACUGGGCUGCAAGAGGCUGUCCUUCUGGCAUUUGAACUCAUCAGACUCGGUCAGCUCAAUGCCAAGCCGCGUCAAGACGAGGGCGAAGUUGACGCGUCUCUGCUUCUUCUCAGUCGCUCCGCUGUACUUUUAAAACUCAGGCACGAAGCUAUCGGCUACACAGGACCUCUUCGCAAAGACAUGCUCUCAUUUGCCUCGCAGGUGUCAGCUGUCCGCGAGGCGGACCGGGACCUGGUGGAGGCUAUUCUAGUACAGAUGUUUUUGAACAACCAGACCGAGAGAAUGCGAGAGCCUAAUGAAUACUGGGACAUCGGCGAUGCGCUUCCAUUCGUCAACAGAAACUAUAACGCCGCGAUGGGCGUCGCCAUCAGGACUUACCUCGAGAUGGAUUCUGACGAGCACCGCGAUCUCGACAGGUUCGCGAGUCUCUACUUCCCGAAGGCCGUUUCUAUCCGAGAAGACGUCGAAGUCUUCUGCGGGUUUUUCAAGGCGCUGGUCACGGGCAUCAAGACCUUGGAGCAGCAGGUUACGAAGGACGUCUGGGUCAAGGCUCAGGAGUAUCUCGAGUCUCGGACACAAUAG